AUGGCCUCCUUCCAACGCCAAUUCACGACCGCGUCUCCCGUGCUGGCCCUUCCCCAGCCAUCACACCCCAAUCAGAUCGCGGGAUCGGUAUUCGCGCCACCCCAUGUUCAGAUGCAGAUCCAAUCGCAACCUUUCGACCGACCUACCGCCUCACAAGGUAGAAAACGUUCCAGAGACGAAGCCGGCGCCAACCUCGAGCCCGACGCGCCUCCCGAGCCAAUGGUCGACCCUCAGGAUGACUGGGUGUAUGGCGAAGGCAUGACACUGAUCAAGCCCAACGCUGGCUACGUUGCAGAUGCCAGCACCCAAUCGGGCACCUGGAUGGAAGAAAAGAACGUCGCAGCCGACGCAGAAAUGAAGCGCCAGGUCGAAGCCGCCCAAGUCGACGUCCGAAGCCACAAACUCCAGCGCAUGGCGAGCGACGAAACAUCAUCCGUCACUAGUCCUACAAGUGUACCGCCGACCAUGCCUGCUCCGCAACCCGAUGGCCCAGUCAUUGAUAGCUUCACUCUCCACCUCGGCAUCGGUUGGCGCAAGAUCAGCGACGAUGAGCAUAUCCAAGCGGCCGCCCGAGGCUGGGCCAAGUUCAUCGAGAACCACUACCCGCUCAGCGACGUUCAAAUAUGCCUCGAAAGCAAAGGGCUCCAGUCCUACCUCGUGAAAGCUACCGAGGGCUUUUUCCUCUGCUCAGAGGACCUCCGCCAGGCGCGACUGGUCAGUCGUGAUGCCGACACUGCCCUUCGCAAUUUACAACAAUCUCCACCGACCUUUGAAGGUGCUGAAGCUAUUGCAAGCGUCGGCACUCCUGCUUCUCUCACACCAAACGCCACCGACAUGGACAUCAACAUGAACUGA